UUGCCCAGCAUGCGUGUCACCUCUGCUCUUCUUGCUGGCUUGGUUGCCUCCACGGCCGAUGCCCUCGUCGCCAAGGCCGCCAUCGACAAGUGUCUUACCGAUGCUGGUGUCCCGAUCGACGUCAAGGGCUCCGACGGCUGGAAUGAGGAUGUUGCACCUUUCAACAUCCGUCUGCCCUACCUCCCCACCGCCAUCUCGGUCCCUGCUACCACCAAGCACAUCCAGGACUCUGUGAAGUGCGGCAAGAAGCUCGGCAUCAAGGUCUCCGCCAAGUCCGGUGGUCACAGCUACGCAUCUUUCGGAUUCGGUGGCGAGAAUGGUCACUUGGUUGUCGAGCUCGACCAGAUGUACAAUGUCACUUACGACGCAAAGAAGAACAUUGCGACUGUGCAGCCUGGUGCCAGAUUGGGCCACGUCGCCACCGUUCUGUAUGAGAAGUACGGACGUGCCAUUGCUCAUGGAACCUGCCCUGGUGUCGGUGUUUCCGGUCACUUCCUCCACGGAGGCUUCGGAUUCAGCUCCCACAUGCACGGUCUUGCCUUGGACUCCGUCCAGAGCGUGACCGUUGUUCUGGCUGAUGGGACCGUGAAGGAGGCUUCCGCCUCUACGAACGCCGACCUUUUCUGGGGCAUGAAGGGCGCCGGUUCGAACUUCGGUAUUGUUGCUUCAUGGAAGUUGAGCACUUUCGAAGCACCCAAGACACUCACCAAGUUCGGUGUCGCUCUUGGAUGGACCAAGGACACUGCCGUUGCCGGUCUUGAGGCUGUUGAGAAUUACGCCAAGAACAUCAUGCCUCGCGAAGUCAACUUCCGUAUUGGCGACUACAGCAAGGGUAAGCCUGGUAUCGAGGGUCUGUACUACGGUACUCCCGCUCAGUGGAAGAAGGACUUCCAGCCUCUUUUGGACACCCUGCCCAAGGGCUACAACAUCUCUGAGCCCCAGUCUCUUACUUGGAUCCAAGCCGUAAUCGCCUACUCCAACUAUGACGAGGUUGACUGGAUCCACCCCAGCCCUCAAGAGAACUUCUACUCCAAGAGCUUGACCCUCAAGGGCCUCAACGGAACUUCCGCGCAAGCUUUCGUCGACUACUACUUCGAUGUCGCCAACAACGUCGUCGACCGCUUCUGGUUCUUCCAGCUCGACAUGCACGGUGGCAAGAACUCGCAAAUCACCAAGGUUGGCAAGGACGCCACUUCCUACCCCCACCGUGACAAGCUCUACAUCAUCCAAUUCUACGACCGCUAUGAGAACAACCAGACCUACCCUGCCAGCUCUUUCGGCUUCCUCGACGGCUGGGUCGAUGCUGUCACUGACACCAUCCCGAGGUCUGAGUGGGGCGCGUACAUCAACUACGCCGAUUCCAGGCUUCCGCGUGCAGAGGCUGAGCGCCAGUACUACGGCGACCACCUUCCGAGGCUGCAGAGCCUCAAGGCGAAGUACGACCCCAAGGAGCUCUUCUACUACCCCCAAUCUGUUGAGCCC